AUGGCUAGUCCUGCUGUGCUAGCUUUCGAUGCUGAGGGCCGCCCAUUGAAGUUUGAGAUCUGGCUCGAUGACUUGCACCUAUUCCUCCAGCUCACUGCCAAGGAGGAUAUAUCACUGUACGAUCACGCGCUAGGCCAUGCUGCUGCCCCUGCUGCUACUGCUGACAACCUGUCAGCUUUCUCCACAGUCGCUGACCUCAUCACGCACCUCCGCACUAGUGAGGCCCGCUUCCGUGCCGCUAUGCCCGCUGAGUUUCUUGCAACCCACCCCCCCCCGCUCUGGCUCACUCUCUACCACCUGGUCACCCGUCUCCCUGACUCUCUUCGUGCGGUCAGGGACCACUUCCUCGCUCGCUGCCCCACUGAGCUCACCGCUGACCUGCUCGAGAAGGAACUGCUUGCAGCUGAGACUAGCAUAGUCGCUGUAGCUGCCUCUCGUGGCGACCCCCGCACCCCGUUCUUCGAGGGGUGUUCCCCUUCCCCCCUUCUCCCCUCUGUCGCCUCUGCUGCUGCUGUCGACCUCGUUGGUACUGAGCAGGUCGGGACUGCGUCCGCUCCGAGCUGGCGCCGCAGCGGCAAGGGCAAAGGGGGCAAGGGAGGUGGAGGUGACGGCGGGGGAGGCGGUGGUGGGGGCGGUGGAGGCGGUGGGGGCGGUGGCGGGGCUGGAGGGGCUAGUGGCAGCGGUGGGGGUGGUGGAGGCAGCGGCGGAGGAGGCGGCCGGGGUGGGGGCGGUGGUGGGGGCGGCGGUGGACGCGGCGGCGGCAGGGGCGGUGGUCGAGGUGGUGGCGGCGGCGGUGGUGGCCGUGGAGGCGCUGGCAGUGGCCAGAGCCAGCAGCACACUCCGUCGCCCCAGGAGCUUCGUGAGUGUGGAGAGGGUGCUCAGUACCUGCGUGUUCCGCCCGACCCGGGCAUUCGGACCAGUGAGGCUGCCGCUCUAGGUGCUAGUGCGUCUGUUGCCCCAGGUGCUGGUGAGGCUGCUGCUCUAGGUGCUAGUGAGUCUGCGCCCCCUGGUACUGAGUCUACUGCGGCACUGCACACCUUCACACUGGACUCAGGUGCUUCUCGCUGUUUCUUUCGUGACCGCACUGCCCUUGAGCAGCUUGCUCGGCCAGUUGCAGUCUCCCUCGCUGACCCCUCUGGGGGUCCGGUCAUUGCGACCUCCUCCACUGUCCUUCCUUGUCCUGCGGUCCCGUCGGGCACACUGUCAGGUCUCCACCUCCCCUCGUUCUCUACGAACUUGGUGGCGGGUUGUGCGCUCCAGGACGGGGGUGUCCACCAGUUCACCCCUGCCUACGAGCGCGUGACACACUGCACGUGUGCUCGGACGGGUCGUCACCUGGCUACCUUCACUCGGCAGCCGGGGUCGGACCUGUACACACUGACCACUGAGUCCCCUCAGGUAGCUGCGUCUGCGUCUGCGUCAGGUCAGCUGUCGGCCCCCUGCUCGUGUCGCUCUCUAGCGCACGAGACCAUCCUCUGGCACCACCGCCUUGGUCACCCGUCAGUGCAGCGCCUUCGUGGCAUGCACAAACGGUACCUUGUCUCUGGUCUUCCCAGGGUUCUCCCUCCCCUCCCACCCUCGCCUGCUCCUACCUUUCUUCCCUGUGUCGAGGGGCGGCAGCGCGCCGCUCCUCACACCUCCUCGUUUCCCCCGACGACUGCUCCCUUGCAGACGCUCCACAUGGACGUGUGGGGCCCAGCCCGCGUCCGUGGCCAGGGUCAGGAGAGGUACUUCCUGAUCGUUGUUGACGACUACUUGCGCUACACCACGGUCUUCCUCUUGCGCACCAAGGGUGAGGUCCCUGAUGUUUUGAUCCCUUGGAUCCGCGCUUCUCGUCUCCAGCUCAGCGAGCGUUUCCACUCGGACUUUCCUGUCCUGCGUCUGCACUCUGACAGAGGUGGUGAGUUCUCCUCCGACCUCUUGGCAGCCUACUGUGCGGAGCACGGCAUCCGCCAGUCGUUCACGCUUCCGGCCUCUCCACAGCAGAAUGGGGUUGCUGAGCGCCGCAUUGGCUUGGUCAUGGAGGUCGCUCGUACCUCCUUGAUCCAUGCGGCUGCCCCCCACUUUCUGUGGCCGUUUGCGGUCCGAUACGCUGCGCAUCAGCUCAACCUCUGGCCCCGUGUCUCCUUGCCGGAGACUUCACCGACACUGCGUUGGACGGGAGAGGUUGGCGAUGCGUCGCGUUUUCGGGUCUGGGGAUCUCGAACUUUUGUUCGCGAUACGUUCGCGGACAAGCUCUCCUCCCGCGCUGUUCCUUGUGUCUUCCUUGGCUUUGUCCCGGACGCGUCUGGUUGGCAGUUUUACCACGCCACCUCGCGCCGUGUCCUGCCCUCUCAGGACGUCACUUUUGACGAGUCCGUGCCCUACUACCGCCUCUUCCCCUACCGCACUGCCCCGCUCCCCCCCCCCGCCUCUUUUCCUCGCGCCAGGUAG